CAACCUCCCCACGAGAACGUGCCUCUCGCAAAGGAUCUCCUUCAUCCCUCUCCAGAGGAGAAGAGGAAACACAAGAAGAAGCACCUGGUGCAAAGCCCCAAUUCCUAUUUCAUGGAUGUGAAAUACCCAGGAUGCUAUAAAAUCACAACCAUCUUUAGCCAUGCACAAACAGCAGUUUUUUGUGUUGGCUGCUUUACUGUCCUCUGCCAGCCUACAGGAGGAAUAGUAAGGCUUACAGAAGGAUGCUCCUUUAGACGGAAGAAGCACUAA